CUGUCCAGUUGCAAGUGUCCGGUUCCUCCGUGAGCUUGGCGAGCAAGGGGGGGUCAGAGAUACGCAGAGAACUGGCUGCUGGUGGCGAAGAUGGCGGAUGGCGACAGUGGCAGUGAGCGCGGCGGCAGUAGUGGUGGUGGUGGAGGGGGUGUAGGCGGCGGGUUUCAGCACUACCAGCGGGAACCGGAGACCCAGGAGCUGGCUUCUAAAAGGUUGGACAUUCAGAAUAAACGCUUUUACUUGGAUGUUAAGCAAAAUGCCAAAGGCCGGUUUAUCAAAAUCGCCGAGGUGGGCGCUGGGGGCUCCAAAAGUCGACUGACCCUAUCCAUGUCAGUUGCUGCAGAGUUUCGCGACUACCUUGGGGAUUUUAUAGAGCACUACGCCCAACUUGGGCCUAGCAGCCCGGAGCAAAUAGCUCAAUCCUCCGGUGGGGAAGACACUGGGCCUAGGCGGGCCUUGAAAAGCGAGUUCCUGGUUCGAGAGAACAGAAAAUACUACCUCGAUCUGAAGGAGAACCAGAGGGGGAGGUUUCUCCGGAUCCGACAAACCGUCAACCGUGGGCCUGGCUUUGGAGUUGGGGGAGGUGGUAUCCCCGGAGGAGGCAUGCAGGCCGGACAGACCAUCGCCCUCCCUGCCCAGGGUCUAAUAGAGUUCCGUGACGCCCUGGCCAAGUUGAUAGAUGAUUACGGAGGAGAUGACGAGGAGUUGACCGGUGGCGGAGGGGCCGGUGGUUACAGCGAGCUUCCGGAGGGCACCUCGAUCAUGGUGGACUCCAAGCGGUUCUUCUUUGACGUGGGAUCUAACAAGUACGGAGUUUUUUUGAGGGUGAGCGAAGUUAAGCCCAGUUACAGAAACUCUAUUACCAUCCCAUACAAAGCAUGGAGCAAGUUUGGUAGCGCCUUCAGCCGCUAUGCCGAGGAGAUGAAAGAAAUCCAGGAGAGGCACCGAGAUAAAUUGUACGAGAGGAGAGCAGGAGAGGAGUCUGAAGGGGACGACGUGGACGAAGAUUGAUCCAGAUCUCUGCAUGUUUUCAAGCUGACAACAUGAUGCAAAACCCGGAGAUAGAGGAUAAAAAGCGAGGCGGGCUAUAUUGUGCAUGAUGAAUUGAACUUGAAAUGGUAAAACAAUGGAUAAAAAAACAGAAAUAGUAGGCCUAUAUUUGACUGAGAAAUUAUUGUCUAUAUAAGAGCAUCGUGUUCUAAAGUUGUAGAUGGUGUUAUAGGUAACUGAGUGCAGACUGCGGUAGUGUGCUCCUGUAUGGGAUUCCCUUUGAAGAAAAAUAAAUAUUAUCCAUUUGAUAACCUCAUAAAUGUAGCCCAGCGUAUUCAGUUUGACAGUGCUCCAGAUACAGCUGUUGCAUGGAUUUGCUAUGGCUGGAGCUCUCCCCAAUCUGACCUGUGAUCGAUACUUUAACAAGGAAAGGUUUGAAGUAUCCAAACCAUGGGGUGUGCAGAAAGUGCUCCCACCUCUUCCCCAUUUGUAUGUGUUGUAUGUCCCAAUAGGCAAAUAUUAUUAUAGAAAAAAAGUCCCCACUGUAAAAAGAUCAUCAGUUCCACGUUCUCUGCUGUAGCGGGCAUCAGGGGCAGGGCCUUGGUCCACCAAGGUCUCAGAGGAUGUGAUUAAAAGCACACCAAUUAUUUGGAGUCUGUGCGCUGCCUGAUCCUGUCGGGAUAGGUACACCAGCAAGCGCAUCAUGGGGCUGCCUCCUCUGCUCCAGCAGCUGAAAUGUGUUCUGUACGGUGAAUGCCUAUGUGUGUUUAAAAGACCAUACAUUUUAAAUGAAAUGUUAUAAGGUUGCAUUAGCAUUGCCUACACUGACUGAUGAUCGCAAGUCAUCUUCAAGGGUUUUUUGUAUCUGUAUAGCUGGUUUGCCACUGAUGACUGCUACCAGUCCAGACUCUGGCAAUCUAAUGUCUUGUGUGGAUUGCAGGCCCAAGAAUGACCCCCGUCCUGUCCUACCCGGUAACACGUGCAUCCAUUCAUACGCACACCCUCCUCCCCCCACGCUGAGCUAAAAUCUGUAGCACUAGUCUUAAUGUCAGAGUUGGAUUAUCAAAAGUUAAUGUUGCUAGGCUGGUUCUAUAGCCCAAGGAACGAAUCUGUGGCUAUUCACUGGUUGUUUGGAUCCAUUGGUCAUGAACUCUGAAUUUACUGACUGAUGCAAAAUUCCGUCUGAUUGUAAAAAAAAAAAAAAAAAUUGGUGCUUUUGAAAAUCAAAACCCCCAAUUAGGUGCUUUAUCUAAAGUGACAGUGCAAGAGAUUUACUUACUAAAAUACUAAGUAUAGAUAGAAAUAUUUUUCAAAAGAGAUAUAUUAAAGUAUGUCUAGGAAAUAGAUUCAAUUUAUUAGAUAAUGCUGCCUAAAGUGGCUUAUUGAAAACACUAAACUUGGAUGCAAAGUACCAGGGUGAUAUUUCACACCUGCUUUUUUUUCUUCCUGAUUUCUUUUAUUCCUUAGAGGACAUUUUAAAGAAUAGUACAAUAAUGUUCAGAACUCAGUAUAAUAUAGAUUUGUAGAGAAUGCGUGGUAUAAAUCAUGUCAUGCUAACACUAAGCACCCUCAUUAACAUUGAGUUUUCCAAUCAUCCUGGUUAGCCCAUUGUAACGCUUUAUGUCACUGAUUGGUUUCCCAUCAGUUGCCAUAACACGCAAGCAUCAACAAUGAUGCUCAUUUUGUCUGUAGUGUUUUUUGAAAGUGUUUAUUUUGCAUGCCUGCUAUUUCGCCGAGCCGCCUUGGGUAUAUUUUCAUUUUUUCUUUUGCAUAUUCUAAAAGCUGUUUGACGGUAUUUAUCCAUGUUGGGUGCAAAUUUAUUUUCUGUAUUGCAAAGGAAUAAAGGUUCAAAGUUUACUUCUCAGCAUAAUAAUAAUGAUCAUUAAAACAAGAAAAAGAUCCCAAAUGCUUAUGGGAAAUGUUAUUCACUGGCCCACUUCCUUUUAAGUUUUAAGUGUGCAAACCUCGUUGAAUUUAACUUUCUUUCCCGUUCUUACACACAGCAGAAAAUAUGCCAUGAACAACACCUGGGAGCAAUAGUUUUUUUAUAUUGAUAUAAAUAUAUAUAAUAUACACAUGACAUUGAACUACAUCCUUUUUCCUGUACUGUGUUAAGUGAAAUGGCAGCUGUUUCAGUCAUGUGUGUUCUGCUGUAAUAUUCUACCAAGUUCCUUUCAACGAGAAAUAAAAAAAAAGGUGUUUUUUGCUCAG